ACUGUCAUUUGUCAGUUUCGAUUUGUUUACAUAGACGCUGUGGUAUUUAUUACACUGUGCUUAAUAUUUAUAUUGUUAGUGUAUUAAAUGUAUUAUUAAAAGGAAAAAACAUUUCCAUUAUAUCACUUUCAGUGUCCAGAAACUUACGUUAAACAAUGUGUAAAAAAGAACAAUUAUAAUUUGUUGCCGGUAAACAAUGGAUAACCUCAAAGAAAGUGUUAUUGAGAAAAUAGUGCAGAAUUGUUUUACUUUGUACGACAGCUUACCAAAGAAUGGCAAACCCAUCGACAAAGAAUGGACAGUGCUUUCAUGUUUUAUAGAAUACAACACUGCUACGGAAAAGAUUGAAGUAGUGUCAUUGGGUACUGGCUCAAAAUGUGUAGGAGCAUCAAAAAUGACUCCCAAUGGCAGUAUACUCAACGAUAGUCACGCUGAAAUAUUCGCACGACGAGGCUUUUUAUUGUACCUGUACGAAAAUAUUGAUAAAGCUUUAAAAGACAAACAAAGCAUUUUCAACAAAGAGAAUAGUCAGUUAAAACUAAAGGAUAAUAUACAGUACAUAUUCUAUUCAUCACAGCUACCUUGUGGGGACGCGUCAAUAAUAUCACAAAACGGUGACGGAGAACAUUAUGGCGAUGUGUUGACCAAUCAGAAACGAGGAGCACUUGAUGAUGUUAGCGAGAUAGAAUUUAAAAGACAGAAAGUUGAAGACUAUAUUAAUAAAACAGGAGCGAAAUGUUUGCCUCAGUGUGAACAGGAUUUGAAGGAGCCGGGAGCUAAAAUCCAGCUUGUCUUAGGUCAAGUGAGGACAAAACCGGGGAGAGGCGAUAGAACCUUGUCAGUCUCGUGCAGUGAUAAAAUAGCUAAAUGGAUACACCUAGGUGUUCAGGGGAGCUUACUAAGUAUGCUAUGCGAACCAAUAUACAUUAAGCACUUUAUAUUUGGUGGUGGAGUACCAUUCUCAAGUCAAUCCCUACAGAGAGCGCUCCUAAGUCGGUCAGAGUCUUCCCUAACUCUAGAUGUGAUUCCCAAAUUUUAUCAAAGCAGUUCUGUCUUUACAAAUGUAAGCUCAGAUGUUAAUAUUAAACCAGCCCCUGGGAGUAUUGUUUGGACAAAAUCGUUUAGCCAACGGCCGGAAGUAGCAGUGCAAGGAAGAAAAUUGGGAGUCACAGUAAAGAAAGCAACAUCACCUGCUUGCAGUCUAUGCAUCAGUAAAUAUAAUCUGUACAAGAAAUUCCUACAUAUACUAAAUACUAAUGAAGAUCUAAAACAAAGGAUAUGUAGCCAAGACAAAAUUGAAACCAUUCCAUAUAAUAAAAUGAAGAGAAAAUCAAUUAUUUAUUACGAAAAAUGGUUAGAUAUUAAGGAAAAGUUUUUUAAGACAUGGACUGUGAAACCUGACAUGUGGGACUUUUGUAUUAAUAUUAAUUGAACCAAAUACUUAUUUGUAUUUACAAUUAUUAAAUGGAAUAUAUUGAUGUAUUUAUGUGUA